CUUUAUGAAGUCACGAUAGCAACUUCCAUGUAUAAAAGUUAUCCCCACGCAAGAGAAGUGGGCCAACAUAGCAUUGAAGUUACCCGUCAAAUAGAAGACACUGAGAGAGAGGGCUUUAUUGAAGUAUUCUACCUCCUCCCCGGCAUAUAAAGAUAUCCUUCCACUGCCCUAAAUUUUCCGGCUUCAUCCAUCUUCACCCCGCGAGUGAUUCUAUAAAACAUGAUUUCCACAACUACAAGUAGCUGUAGCACAAAGUCCAUGGAAGAUGUUUGGAAAGACAUUAGCCUGGCGUCUCUUUCUCGUAACGCCAGCGACAACACCACCACCUCCACUCACCACCCCACUGCCGCUGCUUUUCGGGGCAUCACGUUUCAAGAUUUCUUGGCUUCUACUAGUACUACUUCCUCCAACAUCGACCCACCACCACCCGCUGCCGCUAGUACUGUUCUACGCUUGAAUUGUGGGACUCGAUCUGAUCUUAAACAGCAUUUACUUGAAACCACUAGUGCUACUAUCACUGGUCCUGCUCUAUUGAAACCAAACCCAAUUACUCGUCCUACUAGUACUAGUGUUACUACUACUACUACUAGGCCCAAUUCUUUGAAUAAUCCCUCUUCAGUCUUCCCUUCUUGCUGCAAGAAAAGGGCUCUAGAUGAUCAUGAUCAAAAUCGCGAGGAUCAUCACAACUCCACUAAUGGCCGCCAUAAGCGCAUGAUGAAGAAUCGAGAGUCCGCUGCUCGCUCCAGAGCCCGAAAGCAGGCUUAUACAAAUGAGUUGGAGAUUGAAAUUGCACAGCUGCGGGAGGAAAAUGCCAGGCUCAAGAGACAGCUGCAAGCAAAGUCGAUGAUCAAUUCAUCCUGCUUGGCUCCCUCUACCCUUGCUCAGCGGCUGCUUCCAAAAAGGCAAACCCUGUUCAGAACUUCAACAGCUCCAUUUUGAUCAGUUAAGGCAACCUCAAACUGCAUGAAACAACCAUUCCUUCCCUCCUAUAUGUAAAAUGUUAUGCCUUUCUUUUCUCUUUCAUUCGCCUCCACCUUAACCUUAUGCUUAUCAGAAGAAAUUAAAAUAGUUUUGUUGAGAA